AUGAAUAGCAGUAGUAUAAUCUUCAAAACAUUAGUUGUAUUAUUGUCUAUAGUAGGUGUGUGUAAAUGUGAUUCAUCAUACUACCUAGUAAUUGCAAAUCUAGCAAAUUCCAAUGGUGAUUGCAGCAAUGUACGCAAUGCCUUCAGCUAUCAAGUGAACACCUGUGCCAAUGGAAUGGCCACUUACUGUUCACCCGGUGACGAUUUCGGUACGAUCGCAGAAUACUUUGACAACGAUUGUUCGUCGGGUAUUCAGAACAUCAUUACCUAUAAGAUCGGUUGCGACGGUUACUCGCUGGUCGCCUGUCAGCAGACUCCCUUCAAUAAUCAAAGCGCCACUAUCUAUGCGAGAUACGACGAUUCCGCCUGUCAGACUGAACCCACCUUUACAGAGGCAUUCGCUGUGAAGGUUUGUUUUGAAGGUGUCAUUACUACUUGCGACGAUACAUCGACCACCAUCACCACCUAUGAAAACAACGACUGCUCCGGUAAAUCAACGUCAUUGACAAACACUUUGAAAACACAAUGUCAUAUGGGUACACAAGGAUACGAACAGAGUUGGUGUAGUAAUAUAUAA